CGACUGUGCGCUUCAAUGAGUCGUUCACACCGACAUUUUUUACAGGACCUCCUGUCUCUGCCCCUCCUGCAUCAUCUGCCUCCCCGCGGCUGCACCGCCGCUGCUCCUGCCUCUCGUACAGUUUUCCAGCAGGACCAGUCCCUGUCACACUCCCUUUCAUACAAACCCCAGCACGGACAGCUGCAGUGCCGACCAACAACCAUGGCUGCACGGGACACUGCCUCUCUGCUCGUCGGACUUCUUGUCCUCUUUCACACCUGGGGAGUGUGGGCUAAUGUGGAGGUGAACAUGGAGGACAGAGUGGAGGUGUUCAUGGGAGAUACAGCUCAGAUUACCUGCAUGUUUACAUCAUCUGACGGUGUCGGCGGCAUGGUCAUACAGUGGUUCUACGUGAAACCUUCAGGUGAGAAGCAGAAAAUCUACUACCAGGACACCACCAUGAAGGUUGUAGAUCGAGGCACACAGUUCACAGAGCGGAUGAAUGUGAAUGGUACCGGAGCCACUGGAGAGAUAGUGCUGACUAUCAGCGAUGUGCAGCCGGUAGACGAACUGGAAUUUAUCUGUCUCAUUAAAGGUCUAACAGAUGGGACUGGGGAGGGACGCACAAAGCUGAAGGUGUUCGAAACACCAGAACGUCCCACCAUUGAGGGUGUGCAAACAGGGAUCUCAGUCAACGAAGACAGCCCAUCCAAGAUUGGGGUCUGCGAGGUCAAAAAUGGCUUCCCCAAGCCGAACAUCACUUGGUACCGAAACAACACGCCACUACGCGCUGAUCAGGAUGUGGUGAAGGUGGUGCCCAGCAUCACUACUGACUCCAAUAAGCUGGUCUCAGUUAGGAGCGAGCUGAGCAUGAAGGUGACAAAGGAGGACAAAGAUAAUCUGUUCUACUGCGAGAUCACCUACUUUGUUCCUGGAGGAACAAGGAUGACCGAGACCAACCGUAUUAACAUCACUGUAUACUACCCAUCCACAGCUGUAAGUGUUUGGGUGGAGUCACCAAAGGGCAAAAUUAAGGAAGGAGACUCUAUCGAAAUUCACUGCCAAGGCAAUGGGAAUAUGCCAUCUUCAUUCUUCAAAAUCAGUAAGAAAGAUAGUGACUUAGUGGAUAGCAAUGUGUUGGUGAUGGAUAAUGUGACCCGUCAUCAGAGCGGAGUUUACAAAUGUACCUCUACAGACACAGACACCUUUGAGGAGAUCUCGGAAAACACCACAGUGUUUGUCAACUACCUCGAUCCUGCUGUUCUGGUGCCUGAAGACACCGUUGUGGUGGACCAGGGAGAGGAGCUGACGGCAACCUGCAACGCCCUCUCUUCUCUCCAGACACAAACAGUCUGGAUUAAGAACGGGGUGAAGAUUUCAGUGGGCCACAGUUUGAGCCUGAAGAACAAUACGUUUGAGACAGCAGGGACUUACAUGUGCGUGGUGACUGUUCCUGAGAUCGAGGGAAUGGAAACCAACGGGACACUUACUGUUUAUGUCCAGGGUCGACCUUACAUCUUGACGCCAGAAUACACUGAGAUUGAAGCGAGUUAUGAGGAGACCGUCAACCUGAACUGCGAUGUCAGAGGUUUCCCUGCUCCCAGUAUUAUCUGGACCACCUCUGAUGGAAAGAAUCUCGAGACAACAUCCCAAAUGAAGACCGAGGAGGGCGUUACGAGUGUGGUCAGCGUCACGGUCACCAAUGACAUCACCGCUUUCUGUAAUGCCUCCAACGAGUUCGGCACUGACGUAUUGGCCUUCAACAUCACAGCCAUUAUACACACCACUACACCAGCCACAACCACUACAAUUUCCUCCGUCUCAGUUAUACACACCACUACACCAGCCACAACCACUACAAUUUCCUCCGUCUCAGUUAUACACACCACUACACCAGCCACCACCAGUACAAUUUCCUUCGUCUCAGCAGGAACACCAAAAGCAAAAAUAAAACCAGCAGGGUCCAGGGGUUUUAUCAUUGCGGUCAUCAUUAUCUGCAUCCUGCUGCUAGCUAUCUUGGGGAGUGUGCUCUACUUCCUCUACAAAAAGGGCAAGAUCUGUGGCCGGUCCGGCAAGCAAGACCUCACCAAAGACAAGUCCAGCAAAGAUAACAUCGUGGUGGAGAUGAAAAGCGACAACACAGAGGAAGCUGUGCUCCUCGGGGUCAACGGAGAAAAGCAACCUCCCAAUGACCAGUAAAGAGCGGUGAGUACCUGGAUGUACAGAAGUGAGGAGGCGACUGCAGACACGGCAACAGCUGCUCCUGUUCUUCCCUCUGAGGCUCAGACUGGCCGAUGCCUUCAAGCUUCCACCAAAGCUCCUUAUCCCAGAGUUAUGUCGUGGAAAAGCUCAGUCUUCCAUCAGUUAUCAUGAUGCAUGACUGAGACUCAAAUUAUUCCAUGCUGCAGCUUUUGCUUACUGUCCUUCACAUCCAGCACAUUAUUGUUGGAAUGAGCUUUAAUGAGAAAUGAUUUGAGCCCUCCAUGACCUAACUCUGCAAAUAAAUCUCCCACCUAUAAACCAAGGACAAUCCUUCGCCUAGAGUUCCCAUUACCACGAGCCUUGUAUACUGCUGAUUGUCCGUAGAACAAUAAUUGGAGCACAACAUUGAGCAGGGACUGUUUUUAUACCCGACUACGCAUCACCUCAGGCAAAGUAAUCACUGAAGAGCAGCCUGAAACAGCUCUUUAUCAAGUGUACAUAUUAUAAUCUAUGUAUAUAUUUCUUUAUUUAAAAUAACUCGAUAGAAAAAAACAACCAAAAAUAAAUGACCAGAUAGUGUUUUAUUUUGUUUGGGUGCUCUUUAUGGAGAGCAAGAAGAGCUUAGGUAAAUGUCUUGUUUUUAUUUUGGAUAUUUUUUUUGUUUGUGUUUCCUGUUUUGUUUAAGUCUGUACACUGAAGUCUUUGGGGAUGCAACGAUGCCUCUCCCUACAGCCAGUUACAGCCUCACCAAAGUUUUUCCUUUUAGCUCUGAAAAACAAAUGUUUAGGUCAUUUAAUCACGCAUCAUUCACAUUUGUAGUUUUUCCUUCUCUACAGCUAACAUUCUCGUCUUUACACUCCCCAGUUUGUUUGUAUAAUAAAGUGGCUAUUUGUUACUUCCAGUUUGUGUUGAUUCUAGCAACAAAGCUUUUUACCACACCUGCUGUCGUAAAGGUCUUUUCUUUACGGUGCUGUAUUGCCCACUGUAUUAUCGAGUUGGCGUUACCUGGAGGUCAUACAGUUGCGAUGAAUGUUUUGCUCAGACAGAAAAUCAUUCAUUUACAAUAAGAAAAUAAGUUACAGAUGCAUUUUAAGUGUUGCAUACAGUAAAUUAGCCUGCUAUGGAUGUAUUGUGAGCUAAACCGGUAACGUUAUCACUGACACUGUGUUACGGGCCAAGGCAUUAAGAGUUUGUUGUAGCAACCAACGUAAUAUUUAACUUAGAUUAAUAUAGAGCAUUUCAUGAAACCCAAUGACGCUUUACACAAGUACAGGGGGACAAGGGAAAAGAAAAUAGUAGGCCAACACAAACACAGACUGAAAAUUAAUAAAAACUUGGCGCUAAAUGGAAGAGUAAGUUGAUGUAGGCUACUGACAUACAACCACAUCACGCAUUGUAAAGUUAUUUUAUGAAUGAAAUAGACAUAUUGCAUACCUAAGGGCCAAUUCAGGGACGUUUUUGAAUCAUUUACAAUCCCGUAAUUGUCUCCAUCUGUUGAAAGCCCCGACCGAGAUUGACUUGGGUUUUUGCCCGUCAUCUGUCAUUUUCCCUUUUUAGCUUUUAGUUGUUCUUUAUUUAAUUUCCUUUUUUUCUGUAAUGGUCAUAUCAGCCAUAACUACAACAGAUAACUUCUAAAAUAAAAUAAAAAAUACUAUUUGGUCUAUAUUAAGAAAUCUCCUGCUACCUUUUACCUGGCUGGAUACUCACUAACAGCGAAAUCUGUGACCCAUCAGAAUGUGUCUACCUGCCGUAAAACAUUUUGUGACUUCGCCGAAAAACAUGGCAAAGGCAUUAAUAAAAACUAUAUAAAAAUAGCGUACUUUUCACUGUUAGUCUCGUUUGCUGUUACAAAGUCAUUUAUGAUCAUUAGAUGAAAAAUUACAGUUUCAGAAACAUUUAAAAGUUACAUAUAGUCACUUACAAAUGGGAGAAUAAUCUGAUCAGCAUUUGACAUAGAAGGGUUAACUUUAUUUGUAGUACUCUUUACUUCAUGGUUUCUUUCCUUCACAGUCUAGUGAAGUUUUCUGUGUGUUUGAGUGGAAGCAAUGCCAACAGCCAAGUUAAAAAGAUGCCUUAGAAAUUCAAUCAAAGCCUGUAAUUGUUUCUAUUUAAUGUUUAGUGCACUGAUUUCAUUGUUGUUGUUGUUAUUAUCAUUCAUUCAUGCAGAUGAGUUUCUUCAAUGUGAAACUGUGGUUUUGUUUUACUAUGACUGUAUUUUUUGUUAUUUUUUUAGGAGGAAGGAUGAGGGUAGAACAGAUUAUUGGUCCAUGUUAAAUAUGGCUCACGGCAUGAAGUUGCCCUCAAAGACACUUUUAUGUUUAAUGAAUGAAUUAUGAAAUUAAGUAAUUCAUGUUUUGACUGAAACUUUAAAUAAUCUGUUGGAUCCCAGGGAGACACAGAAUCCCCCUCAGAAUGCAUGACGACUAACAACAUGACAACUGAAGAGGGGGGAAUGACUGUGACUUCACAUAUGCAAACUAAGUUUGUAGACCAUCAACAAUCAAGACAUACUGUGCUCAGUAAUGUGCAGGUAUCAUCCAUACUUACCCUUCCUACCCUCCGUUAAGUCUGUUUUGUUCUGCUGUUAAGAACUACCACUGUUACAUGGUUUUGGAUGUUUGAAUUCUGUAAAAUGCCUUUUUAAUGCCUUGGAGUUGUGAAAUGUAAAAUGAAUGUCAUCAAUGACAUUCAAACCAAUUUACCAACAAAUUCAUUGUUUGUGGUUUUGGAAACUUAUACCAAAUAAAGUUUGACUGUUAAAAGAAAA